AUGAGCUCUCCACAACCAAUUGAGUGCAAAGCUGCUGUGUGCUGGGCUGCUAAUGAAGACAACGUGCUUGAAGAUGUGAUUGUGGGGCCGCCACGCUCCGGCGAGGUGCGCAUUCAGAUUGUGGCGACGGGCGUGUGCCACACGGACGAGUACACGCGCUCAGGUGCUGACCCAGAAGGUAUCUUCCCCGUUAUCAUGGGCCACGAAGGUGCUGGUAUUGUGGAGAGCGUGGGGCCUGAUGUGACCACUGUCAAAGUAGGCGACCACGUGAUACCGUGCUACAUGCCGCAGUGCCGCAAUUGCAAGUUUUGCAAGUCCACCAAGACGAAUUUGUGUUCUAUAAUCCGCAACACACAGGGUAAGGGCCUCAUGCCUGACGGUACAUCGCGUUUCACGUGCAAGCGCAAUGGCGAGACGCUGUUUCACUUUAUGGGUACGUCCACAUUCUCCGAGUACACAGUGCUGCCUGAGAUCUCUGUGGCCAAGAUCGACCCAUCAGCUCCGAUGGACAAGGUAUGUUUGCUGGGCUGCGGCAUCACUACCGGCUACGGUGCUGUGGUGAAUACCAUGAAGGUGGAGAAGGACUCGACCGUGGCCGUCUUCGGUCUGGGAGCGGUGGGUCUCGCUGUUAUAAUGGGAGCAAAGUCUAUUGGCGCUCGUAAAAUUAUCGCUAUUGAUAUUAAUCCCAAGAAGUUUCCAAUUGCGGAGGAGUUUGGAGCGACGCAAUGCAUAAACCCGACGGACUACCCUGAUCGGCCGCUUCAAGAGGUGCUCAUUGAGUUGACAGAGGAGGAAGGCUAUGGUGGACUAGACUACACGUUUGAGUGCAUCGGUCGUCCAGAGAUCAUGCGUGCUGCGUUGGAGUGCUGCCACAAGGGUUGGGGUCAGUCGUGCAUUAUCGGUGUUGCUGCAUCUGGCGUGGAGCUGGCCACGCGUCCGUUUCAGCUCGUGACAGGACGGCGUUGGGCUGGUAGUGCUUUUGGCGGCUUCAAGAGUCGUGACGGGGUCCCCAAUUUAGUAAACAAGUACCUGAAAAAGGAGAUUAAAGUGGACGAGUUCAUUACCCACAAGUUUGAUCUGCCGCAGAUCAAUGAUGCUUUCCAUGCUAUGCACCAGGGCGACUGUAUUCGCUCCAUCGUGUACUUCCAUGGUAUUCCGCAAGAAUAG